ACAAGCAAUCUCCUAAACACACAUUCUCUCUUUCAAUAGUUAUAUAACUACAAAUAAUUUAAGUAAAUUCCGACAAGUAUGGGUUUUAUCUCUGGUAAAGCGUGUGUGUUUGUUAUGGUAUUUGCUUUGGUCACAGAUUUUACUGUGGGAGGAGAAAUAGAGUUUGGUGAUGAGAAGCCCUUGUUUCCUCACCCUCGUCCAUUGCUCCACAAAGGUGGCAUCCACAAGAAGGGCUUUAAGAAAGAUUUCGGCGGUUUAGGCGGUGGUGGUAUAAGUGGUGGAGGCGGCUUUGGAGCAGGAGGUGGCAGCGGUUGGAUUGGAGGCGGAAUUGGAGGCUUUAGUGGACAAAUAGGCGGUGGAUUUGGUAAUGCUGGCGGAGGUAAAGCGGGAGGAGAAGGAUUUGGCGGCGGUGGAGGAUUUGGUGGUGGUACCGGUGGAGGAGCUGGAGCUGGAGCUGGAGCUGGAGAAGUUGGUGGUGGUAACGUUGGAGGAAAAGGAGCUGGAGUUGGCGGCAGUGGUGUUGGUGUGGGAGCUAGCGGUGGUACCGGUGGAGGAACUGGAGCAGGAGUUGGCGGCAGUGGUGAUGGUGUGGGACCUGGCGGUGGUGCUGGUGCCUUGGGAGGAGCCGGCGGUGGAACUGGUGGAGGAUUAGGCGGAGGCGCCAGUGGAGGUGACUGAGGGUUUGUUAUGUGCAGGAGCUAAAUCCCAUGCAAAUAUAUAUGUUUUCAUUUAUAUAUACUAAACGUUAAAUAUGAUGGAAUAAAUGAUAUGUACGUCGUUUCUCUUUAAUUUUCCCAUUCAAAUGAUUGUAUCUUUGCUAAUUCGAGUAAGUUGGCUGAAUAAUAACAUGCGUUCACAGGUUUUAAA